AUGACUCAAUUACAAUAUCUGAAUGUAUAUCUAACUGAGCGUUUGAUGCAAGCUGCCGAGGAGAUACUUGGAGUGGUUGGAGACACGAUCUCCGAAUACCAGGAAGAAAUAACCCGGACAAAGAGAGAGAACCAAUACCUGAAGCGACACUUGAUCACACCGGUCCUACCGGGUAUGUAGCUAUCUAGACUACUGUAUUCUCUUCUCAUUUACACGAAUUAUCUAUAUAACUAGACACGUGUUGCAUUGUAUUCUAUAGCAUUUGACUCUGUAGCGCAGAGAGAGGCGGUGAAUCCCUAAUGGAGUAGGCGUAAAAAGACGCCUGAGCGGAUGCUCACGUUUGUUUUUCAGGGCAAAAGGACGUUAGGUUAAAAAUACUGAAAACAACCGAUUUUAUCUACUCGCGGAGAGUCGUCAAUCCCAAACCACCUCUACCAACGCGUUUAUAGGGCCCUCCGUUGCGAGGGGAUCAAUAAACCCAGAAACGUUGGGACACAUUGGUGACUGAAAUGAUGCAAUUCAUGUUCCACUUCUAAAUAAUAAAACGAGUAUUCAAAUUAACAACCCCCCCCCACCUUUAUUUUAAAAAGGGAGUCCCAUAACUCUCGAAAACCCUUCUCCGUAUCUAGGGUUUCCAGCUGGUACAUUCCCCCAUAGUUGGCUCCAUGUGAACUACAAUUCCGAUGCUGUGUUUUAUGGUUUAGAAACGUCAAUCAUUGCUUUCAAACCGGUUUUCUAAAUAUAUGCUUAUAUUCCCCUUAUCUUUCAUAUCAGCGAUAAAUAUAAUAGUUCAGAUAAAAGAUACAAAAGACAGACUUUCUUCUUUUUUUCCAUUCACCCAGCGGGUCAGACGCCGGGCACCAACCACAGCAGGAAUUCUCUUAAGGUAUUCAAACUGAACAUCCGUGGUCACCCCUGAGAUGACUCCUUUCUCUCCAUUAUUUUGUGUGAACUUGCAAUAAUAUCUAUCUCCUGACUGUAGUAACUACACUACAUGCCGCGCCCACUGCCAUUGAGUGUACUUGUAACAGUACAAAGCUAAUUAGCAUUACGUCACUACAUGCCGCGCCCACUAGCAUUGUCACUACAAGCGUUAUGUCACUACAUGCACAUUAGCUAGCUAGUUCACACUAGCUAGGCCAACUCUACGCCACUACGCGCUCAGCCAUGCAAUGAACGGUCUUUUUUGCAAACAGUGUUUGAGUUAUAUUAUUAGCCUAAAUUAUGACUAUCCAAUCUACUCAUCACAUUAGGAAUAGUACGCUAUCUUACAUAAGUCCGAAAAUGCGAUGAUGCAUGGAAUGCUUUAUUAUAUUAUUAUAUUUUAUGGUGAAAAUGAUCUUCCCCAAACUUCACUCACACGCCGCCUUGGCUCAGUCGAAUUGGUUAUCGAAGUAUCUAAUUAGCCCCUACACCCUCCAUAAUAUUCACUCCCUCAGCUUUGGGCAUAUGGCAGAGGCACAUGUGAAUAUGCAAAUAGAGGAGCGGGGGAAAGGAAUUAUUUGGGAUUCAGCCAGGGACAUAGCUAUGCCAUUCCCAGAACAAGCUAGCUAACGCAAUGGUGGUCUUUUCAAUCAAGCGUCAACAGCUGUCAAUUAUUGUCUUCUUUCCCCCAGCUCCUCAGCCCAUUCCCUCUUGGGUCUUGGAGCAGCAAACUCCCCCUGAGCAACAUCACUGUGAGCAGGAGUGGAGCCCCAGUCUGGGGCAGAGGGACCCAGAGUCCACACAGAUUAAAGAGGAACAGGGUGAACUCAGGACCCGUCAGGAGGUAGAGCAGAUUCAAGGGCCAGAGGCUGAUACCAAAGUAGACUCCAUAUCUAUUCCUCCCUGUGUGAAAAGUGACUGUGAUCAGGAGCCACCUCAGCCCACACAUCUUCCCCAAACUGUGGAGAACAGAGAGAGGGACUCUCUACUGACUAACACAACUGGACAGAUCAAAACAGAACCUGAUGGAGAGGGCUAUGGAGUAUCACUAUCAGAAUCAACCAGUGACUCCCAUCAGUCUCAUCCCCUCUCUGCAGUAAAUCUAGACUGUUCUAGAACACAGAGUGAGAACGCUGAAAGUCUUCCUGAUGUUCCGAGAGAUCUAGAAAGGAGACCAGAGGAGGACACACAGACACACUCAUGUACUCAGUGUGGUGCCGUGUUCUGUGAGCUAUCCCAACUGGAGGCACACAUGCUAGCCCACACUGUACCAAACAGUGGUGACACUAGUCACAGGCAAAUCCUCUGCACAGUCUGUUGGAAAUCAUUCACCUCUACCAGUUACCUCAAGGUCCACCUGUGUUCUCACACUAAAGAUAAGCCCUUCCACUGUGGUGUGUGUGGCCAGAGCUUCAGCUACUCAGGCAGGUUCAGGGAGCACCAACGCAUCCACACAGGAGAGAGACCGUACCGCUGCCAUGUGUGUGGUAAAUGCUUCAACCAGUCAGUCCAUCUGAAGACCCACCUGAGGGUCCAUACGGGGGAGAAACCCUACUCCUGUCCUGUCUGCGGGAAAGGGUUCAGUCAGUCCAGCCAUAUCAAGGGACACCUCAGAACUCACACCCGAGGAAGGUAGAAGAAAAAUGCUUUGGAGUGGAAAGCGCCCAUGAGGGGAUGGACAGAGCCUUCUGUUCUCUAAGUACCCAGCGUUUGGGAAGAGAAAGAGAGGCAUUCCUUCUCUUCAAUGCUACUAAUUCUACAUAUUAUAUUACUAUAGAAUGUGAUGUUUUGCAGACUGUAACUGAGGCACCUCAUGUCUACAUUGAUUUCAGAGAGUUGCUUAAUAACAUGCUAUGAAAAGACUUGACCCUCAUGUAUCACUAGGUUACACUAACAAUGUUGGAGAGAAAUAUAAUGUUAAUUUUGGUUAGAUACCCCAUUUUGUCCUAAAGUGAUCAGUGGGAUAUGGUUACAGGCAACCUAUUCUCACCAAUGUUGUUAAAAAACUGUUUGAACACUAGAUGGUAUACUUGAAUUAUCUCUCACCCAGGAACACAGAGGUCAGUCUUAGUAUGAGAACUGUGAGGAAGUUAAUUAGAGCAAAUUAUCCCUGUUUUUAUUUUACACACCCUAGAGUCCAUUUCGUUGAAACUGACAGAGUGGUGUAAAGUAAACAUAGGGUUUUCUAACAUACACAAGUUUACCUCCCUUAAGUUCUCUUUCAUUAUGUCAAGUUAUCAUUUGUCAGAGUAGGCUUGCGUCUAGUGUGUGAAUCAAUGCUUAUUUUUAUUGUAGGUCAAGGAGCUACUUCUGAGCUGACAAACUGUUAGAGGUCGCCUCCUAGUGGUAAAUAAAGAUGAGAUGAAAAAUAAAGAUGGAUCAAAUCAGGGAACACUGCCCCCUCUCAUUGAAGCCUCAAAGUUCAAGGCCGACCGCAGUACUGCAAGCAUUAUUUGCAGAAUACAGGAUCCCCCAUUAUAGUGAAUUGUAAAAUGGCAACUUUCGUGUAAAUAAAUACAAAUUAGAAGACAAUUAUGGAACCAAUAAUUGCUUCAAUUACACCAGAUGUAUGUCAUUGAACCACUUAUUUUAAAAUCCCACGCAGAAUAAGUUUGAAGGAUAAUUUAGUAGCUAAUGGCAGCCUGCAGUACCCCGGUCGGCAUUUAACUUGAGAUACUCAAUGAGGAGCAGCACUGAGCUGGGACACUUUUCACGAGAGGUGUCCAGUUGAGACGUAAUCUCUCAGAGCAGUCAUCCAUCAGGGUCUCUCUGCUGCCACCUACUGAUAUAUCAUCUCUCAGUGCAGUGCAUCUCUCAGGAAAAGUGGGGGUUUCGAAAGGAGUGACCGUUUCGAAAGCAACCAUAUAAGGAGAAAUGGGGGUCUUGAAAGGUGCCACUCAAGACGUUGUUUGGGUUAUUGGACGUUAGUCAUUGUCUGCAGAGAUGACAGUAAGGAAUUUCAGUUAUGCAAAAAAAAAAAGGCUAUUCACUCACUGUGAGCUGUCUUUGAACGUUACCUACCGGUAGCCAUGUAUGUAACGUUACGUUUUUCGUAAAUGUAAAUGCUAGCUAACGUUAGCUACCUUAACUUAUAAAAAAUGCAUUCCUUUUACAAUUUACUAUUUAUUAUUGAAUAUUUUAAAUAAUAAUUGAAAUAUCAAGUCAUGGCGGUUCUAGUACUUAUGGAAUUCCAGCGCUUCUAGUGUUAAAAUACUCCUUUCGAACCCCCACUUCUCCUUAUAUGGUUCCUUUCGAAAGCUCCCACUUUUCCUGAGAGAUGCACUGCACUGAGAUCACAUAUCAGCAGGUGGCAGCAUAGAUAACCUGAGGGAUGACUGCUCUGAGAGAUGGCGUCGCAGCUGGACCCUAUUGCUUUUCACACCAUUUCGUCCAUUGGGCUGUGUUAUACGUCACGGUGGGUGUGGGUUUCAGUGCAAGGACUGUCCUAUGCGCGUCCACGUUCAACCGAGAACCCUCCGCCUGGGACCUAAUUUAUAACUUCUUAACCGACAUCACAAUGGUGGGUUUAUACUUUGAUAUUAGGACAUCAUUUUGCUUUAUUUGAACUAAUGAUAGCUAGUUAUCAAGUGGCUGGACCAGUUUUCCCAAAAGUGAACGAUGUGGACGUCAAGAUUUGCUUGCUAGCCAACCAACAACAUCAAUGAAUACUGCUAUCUACAGUGCAUUCGGAAAGUAUUCAGACCCCUUCCCAUUUUCCACAUUUUGUUAUGUUACAGCCUUAUUCUAAAAUGGAUAAAAAUAUUUUUUUCGCCCUCAUCAAUCUACACACGAUACACCAUAAUGACAAAGCGAAAAUAGAUUUUAGACGUUUUUUCCAAUUUAUAAAAAAUGUAAAACGGAAAUAUUACAUUUACAUAGGUAUUCAGACACUUUGCUAUGAGACUCGAAAAUUGAGCUCCGGUGCAUCCUGCUUCCAUUGGUCAUCCUUGAGAUGUUUCUACAACUUGAUUGGAGUCCACCUGUGGUAAAUUCAAUUGAUUGGACAUGAUUUGGAAAGGCACACACCUGUCUAUAGAAGGUCCCACAGUUGACAGUGCAUGUCAGAGCAAAAACCAAGCCAUGAGGUCGAAGAAAUUAUCCGUAGAGCUCCGAGACAGGAUUGUAUCGGGCCACAGGUCUGGGGAACAGUACCAAAACAUUUAUGCAGCAUUGAAGGUCCCCAAGAACACAGUGCCCUCCAUCAUUCUUAAAUGGAAGAAGUUUGGAACCACCAAGACUCUUCCUAGAGCUGGCCGCCCGGCCAAACUGAGCAAUCGGGGGAGAAGGGCCUUGGUCAGGGAGGUGACCAAGAACCCUAUGGUCACUCUGACAGAGCUCCAGAGGUCCUCUGUGGAGAUGGGAGAACCUUCCAGAAGGACAACCAUCUCUGCAGCACUCCACCAAUCAGGCCUUUACGGUAGAGUGGCCAGACUGAAGCCACUCCUCAGUAAAAGGCACAUGACAGCCCGCUUGGAGUUUGCCAAAAGGCACCUAAAGGACUCAGACCAUGAGAAACAAGAUUCUCUGGUCUGAUGAGACCAAGAUUACUCUUUGGCCUGAAUGCCAAGCGUCACAUCUGGAGGAAACUUGGCACUAUCCCUACUGUGAAGCAUGGUGGUGGCAGCAUCAUGCCGUGGGGAUGUUUUUCAGUGGCAGGGACUGGGAGACUAGUCAGGAUCGAGGGAAAGAUGAACAGAGCAAAGUAUAGGGAGAUCCUUGAUGAAAACAUGCUCCAGAGCGCUCAGAACCUCAGACUGGGGGCGAAGGUUCACCUUCCAACAGGACAACGACCCUUAGCACACAGCCAAGACAAUGCAGGAGUGGCUUCGGGACAAGUCUCUGAAUUUCCUUGAGUGGCCCGGACUUGCAUUUCAAUUAACAGGUGUGCCUUCUUAAAAGUUAAUUUGUGGAAUUUAUUUCCUUCUUAAUGCGUUUGAGCCAAUCAGUUGUGUUGUUACAAGGAAAGGGGGGUAUACAGAAUAUAGCCCUAUUUGGUAAAAGACCAAGUCCAUAUUAUGGCAAGAACAGCUCAAAUAAGCAAAGAGAAACGACAGUCCAUCAUUAUUUUAAGACAUGAAGGUCAGUCAAUAUGGAAACAUUUCAAGAACUUUAAACGUUUCUUCAAGUGGUCACAAAAAUCAUCCAACGCUAUGAUGAAACUGGCUCUCAUGAGGACCGCCACAGGAAUAGAAGACCCAGAGUUACCUCUGCUGCAGAGGAUAAGUUCAUUAGAGUUACCAGCCUCAGAAAUUGCAGCCCAAAUAAAUGCUUCACAGAGUUCAAGUAACAGACAUCUCAACAUCAACUGUUCAGAGGAGACUGUGUGAAUCAGGCCUUCAUGGUUGAAUUGCUGCAAAGAAACCACUACUAAAGGACACCAAUAAUAACAAGGGACUUGCUUGGGCCAAGAAACACAAGCAAUGGACAUUAGACCGGUGGAAAUGUGUCCUUCGGUCUGGAGUCCAAAUUUGAGAUUUUUGGUUCCAACCGCCGUGACUUUGUGAGACGCGGUGUGGGUGAACGGAUGUUCUCCGCAUGUGUAUUUCCCACCGUGAAGCAUGGAGGAGGAGGUGUUAUGGUGUGGGGGUGCUUAGCUGGUGACACUGUCUGUGAUUGAUUUAGAAUUCAAGGCACACUUAACCAGCAUGGCUACCACAGCAUUCUGCAGUGAUACGCCAUCCCAUCUGCUUUGGGCUUAGUGGGACUAUCAUUUGUUUUUCAACAGGACAAUGACCCAACACACCUCCAGGCUGUGUAAGGGCUAUUUACCAAGAAGGAGAGUGAUGGAGUGCUGCAUUAGAUGACCUGGCCUCCACAAACCCCCGACCUCAACCCAAUUGAGAUCGUUUGGGAUGAGUCGGAACGCAGAGUGAAGCAAAAGCAGCCAACAAGUGCUCAGCAUAUGUUGGAACUCCUUCAAGACUGUUGGAAAAGCAUUCCAGGUGAAGCUGGUUGAGAGAAUGCCAAGAGUGUGCAAAGCUGUCAUCAAGGCAAAGGGUGGCUAUUUGAAGAAUCUCAAAUAUAAAAUAUUAAACACUUUUUUGGUUACAACAUGAUUCCAUAUGUGUUAUUGUUUUGAUUACUUCACUAUUAUUCUACAAUGUAGAAAAUAGAUUAAAAAAUAAAGAAAAACCCUGGAAUGUUUACAACCCAAGGAGCAUCACUGCUCAUUCUUCGGGCCUUAAAGAGUGGCCUAUCAGAGUUAGAAAGCUGGCUGUAAGGAGUUUUACAAAUAAGUGAACUUUUAACCCGUCUAUCUAAACUAUACCAGACUUGCACUCUUGGCUUGCCCUAUAAUGGAGGUGACAAAUUCCGACUAUUAGCAGGUGGUUAGGUGAGAAGCUAACUGCUUAAGCGAAACAAAGUUAUCAGAAGAUGGAGUGUUAACUGACUGGCAUACCUGUAAAUGAGCUACAUUAUCCUAAUGAUGAGAAGGCUGCAGACUUUAAACAUUUAAAUCAGCCAGCCUUACGUGCCAAAAUGUGAAUCAGGUCAAGUGUUUUGGCUAGACAAAUAACAUAUAUGAGGCAGUAUCCUACUAAGAUCAUAUUGCUACAGGUUAGUUUCACCCCAAUCAUCACAUAUAUGUUUUUCUUAAAAUGAUCUGGAAACAAUGUUGAUUCAACCAGUUUGUGCCCAGUGGGCUGACUCUAUCCAUGAGAUGAAGAGGAUCUUGCAUAUAAUUGGAAACUCCUGUUUUACUGUUGAUGAUCAAUUUUACGAAAGUAUUUGAUUAAUUAACUUAAUCGUAAUAUUUGUUAAGAAUAAAGUAUAUAUAUAUUUUUUUAACCAAAUUGUAUCUCUACACUUUUUUAAUAUUGUUUGUUUUUAGAAUGAGCAGCGAUGCUACUCGGAGUGUAAACUGUAUUUAGAAACUACAGGUCCUCCGGAGUAGAAUGGAGCCCAAUUUCACUGGGACAUAACGUACAGGAAAUUGUGUACGGUGCAAUAUGUAUGUGUCCAAUAUGAAAAAAGUACUGAACAUCGUGUAAUGUGAAUGGGCUAAUUAACAAUGGGAUUUAAAAGUGUUUUAUAAAGUUGAAUAUUAUAAUAAUGUUAUUACUAAUAUUGUUGUUAUUAUUGUUAUUAUUAUUAUUAAUAGUAGCAUUAUAAAUCAUGUUUUAUUUGUAUUACUGUUGUUAGAAUGAUAAGUAUCUAGUAAUCAUGACUUAAAGCUGUUAACAAUAAUAUUCCAAUAUGAAAUGUAAGUUGAAGGGCCACAAAAUGAGCAAUGACGCUCGGCUGGCUGUAAACGCUGUGGAUUUGGAAACUAGAAUGGACCCCCCUUUUAUUGCGACACAAUGUACAGAACAAUAUGUAUGUCCAAUAUGAAAAAACCAUUGGAUUUAAGCUGAUAGGCCACUCUUUAAAGGGCCAAUCUGCAGUUGUUACAUCAAUUUUUUUGACUUUUAAAUUAAUUAUAUGUACCCAUUGAUUCUUAAAGAAUAUAACUUAUAAAUGCCCCAUGAGCUUAGUUCAACUGUCGUACCCCUUUAGAAAAUAUAAGCUUGUUUUAUCCCAAUGUUUGUCAACAAAGCAAAUGUAAACAAGCACUUUAUAGCCUCAGCUUGGUUAAAACUAUAAUUUUAUAUUAUAGAUGGCCAGUCCUUCCAUCCAUAGCUCUUUCUAUGAAUUUGAGAGGUUACAUUUCUCCAGCCCCAUCUCUCAGCUUUUUACUGAAACAGAGCGGGAUGCGCUUUAUUGUUUCAACACCUGGUUGACACUUUAAGUUCUGAGCAUCGACGCUCCUCUGGCUAUAAACUCUGGAUUUGGAAAGAAUGGACUCCCCCCUUUUACUACGACACAAUUUAUAGAACAUUAUGUAUGGUGCAAGAAGUUAUAGGAGUGUACUGUGCAAUAGGUAUUUCUUGUAUUUAAGCUGAUAGGCCACUCUUUAAGGGCAGCAAAAUGAGCAGCAACCUGUAGUUCAGUUGGUAGAGCAUGGCCCUUGCAGCGCCAGGGUCGUGGGUUCGAUUCUCACGGGGGACCAGUACGAAAAAAUUAGAUAAGCGCGUCUGCUAAAUUACUAAAAUGUAAGGCUCCUCUGGCUGUAAACUCUGGAUUUGGAUACUAGAAGUGCUCCUGAGUAGAAUGGACCCUUUGACCAUUAAGCCUCGAAAUAAUAAGAAAUAAAUCGCAUGUAAAUACUUUUAAUUAUUAUUUGUAUGAGAACUAGUAUAAAAUAUAUCUAUAAUGGUGCACAUUUUCAAUAAUCUUCGCCCUAAUUAUUCAUUUACAAAGCAUACGGGACGGAAGUCAUAUUCUGAAAUAUUUUUUAUUUUUUAAAUCCGUGACCCGGAAGUACUUAGUUAUUCUUGGCUUCUUCACAGUGGUCUAGCUACCUAUGUGUAUUUCGGGAAUAUCUUUUGCCCCCUAUAAUCGUCCAAUGAUGACUAAAUUACAAUAUCUGAAUGUGUAUCUAACUGAGCGUUUGAUGCAAGCUGCCGAGGAGAUACUUGGAGUGGUCGGAGACACGAUUUCCGAAUACCAGGAAGAAAUAGCCCGGACGAAGAGAGAGAACCAAUACCUGAAACGACACUUGAUCACACCGGUUUUACCUGGUAUGUAGUUAGCUAGACUACUGUACUUUCUUCUCAUUUACACGAAUUAUCUAAAUAGCUAGAAACGUGUUACAUUGUAUUCUACAGUAUUUGACUCUGUAGGGCAGAGAUGGACGGUGAAACCCUAACCUAAUGUAGCAGGCGUAAAAAGACGCCUGAGCGGAGUCCCAACAUUAGAUUUUUCCGGAGAAUCUGAAGUUUGGUUGAAAAUACUGUAUCCCUGACAACCGGAAUCAUCAGCUGCCCAUCAACCCCGCGGAGAGUUUCGACUCCCACACCACCCCUCGCUCCUACUAACUCGUUCGGAGGACCCUCCGUUGUCACGUGUUGCUGACGAAACUCCGAGGGUGACUAGGGGAUCAAUAAACCCAUCAACUUCGGGGCACACUAGUGACUUGAAUGAUGCAGUUCAUGUUCCACUUUUAAUAAAAGAGAAUGAAAUUCAAAUUAACAAGAUAUACUUUAUUUAUUUUACCUUUAUUUUAACAGAGAGGCCCAUUGAGACCAAGGUCUCUUUUGCAAGGGCGCCCUGCAUCUUACAAUUACACAACAAAUCACACAGGAAAUACUGCAGAAAUUUAAAUACAAAGAGAAUACCCAAAAAUAUAUAAACCUCAGUAACAGUUAAACAUUACAUUUGGGAGGUAUUUCAUCUUUUACAUGUGUCAAGUCUUGAAAUCAGACAAACAAAUGCAUGUCACAUAUAAUUAGGCACACCUCUCCAUUCUUUUUUGUGAAAUUGAAAUAAGAUCUAUCUGCGGACUGUAGUAACUACACGCCGUGCCCACUGCCAUUGAGGGUACUUGUAACAUUAAGACGCUCAUUAGCAUUACGUCACUACAUGCCACUCCCUCGAGCAUUACGUCACUACAUGCACACUAGCUAGCUAGCACACUAGGUAGCUUGUGCAUACUAGCUAGCUAGAUAGUACACGCUAGGUAGCUAGCCCGCAGAUAGAUAUUAUUGGAAUUUCUCUAGCUAGCUAGAUGGUACACACUAGGUAGCUAGCUAGUACACGCUAGCUUGCACGCUAGCUACACUUUAUAUACAAAAGUAUGUGGACACCCCUUCAAAUUAGUGGAUUCGGCUAUUUCAGCCACACCCGUUGCUGACAGGUGUAUAAAAUCGAGCACACAGCCAUGCAAUCUCCAUAGACAAACAUUGGCAGUAAAAUGGCCUUACUGAAGAGAUCGGUGAGGAAGAACUUGACUGGCCUGCACAGAGCCCUGACCUCAACCCCACCGAACACCUUUGGGAUUAAUUGGAAUGCCGACUGCAAGCCAGGCCUAAUACACAACAUCAGUGCCCAACCUCACUAAUGCUCUUGUGGCUGAAUGGAGGCAAGUCCCGCAGCAAUGUUCCAACAUCUAGUGGAAAGCCUUCCCAGAAGUAGUGGAGGCUGUUAUAGCAGCAAAGGGGGGACCAAGUACAUAUUAAUGCCCAUGAUUUUGGAAUGAGAUUUUUGACGAGCAGGUGUCCACAUACUUUUGGUCAUGUAGUGUAGCUUGUACACACUAGCUAGCUAGUGGGCAUAGGCGGCGCAUCCAUUGGGCUAAAGUAGCCUAAAUUGAAUUACAUUUCCAAAAUUAAUUAGUCUAUUCCAGCCUAUACAGAAAAUAAAGAAAAUCAUUCAAAAUAGGCUACUACACCAGAAAGCAUGUUUUGGCCCCAGAGGAUAUUUUUUAUUUUUUUAUUUAACCUUUAUUUAACCAGGUGGGCCAGUUGAGAACAAGUUCUCAUUUACAACUGCGACCUGGCCAAGAUAAAGGAAAGCAGUGCGAUAAAAACAACAACAACACAGAGUUACACAUGGGAUAAACAAAAGGUACAGUCAAUAACACAAUAGAAAAUCUAUAUACAGUGUGUGCGAAUGUAGAAAGUUAUGGAGGUAUGGCAAUAAAUAGGCCAUAGUGCAAAAUAAUUACAAUUUAGUAUUAACACUGGAAUGAUAGAUGUGCAGAAGAUGAUGUGCAAAUAGAGAUACUGGGGUGCAAAUGAGCAAAAUAAAUAACAAUAUGGGGAUGAGAUAGUUGGGUGGGCUAAUUACAGAUGGGCUGUGUACAGGUGCAGUGAUCGGUAAGCUGCUCUGACAAAUGAUGCUUAAAGUUAGUGAGGGAGAUAAGUCUCCAGCUUCAGAGAUUUUUGCAGUUCGUUCCAGUCAUUGGCAGCAGAGAACUGGAAGGAAUGGCGGCCAAAGGAGGUGUUGGCUUUGGGGAUGACCAGUGAGAUAUACCUGCUGGAGCGCAUACUACGGGUGGGUGUUGCUAUGGUGACCAAUGAGCUAAGAUAAGGCGGGGAUUUGCCUAGCAGUGAUUUAUAGAUGACCUGGAGCCAGUGGGUUUGGCGACGAAUAUGUAGUGAGGGCCAGCCAACGAGAGCGUACAGGUCACAAUGGUGGGUAGUAUAGGGGGCUUUGGUGACAUAAUUAGCUUCAUAAAAAAAUAAAUAAGCUGUGGAUUGUUUUAAAUCACAUUGCCUACAAUCGGAAGGGCCCCCAAUUUGGGCAGCGUGUGCGGCAAAUACCAAAUAGAUGAUUGUUGAGUUGCGACUGUCAGUAAAAAGUAGAAAAGUCAAGCUAGGCAUAUCACAAUAUUUCAAAAUUCAAUCGUGGGAAAACAGUUUGGAAAACAAAUGGCUAUUGCUGUAAAGAGAAGACAAUGAAAAUACUCUAAUCUAUCUUUCAGUUGUCAAAAUUCGGAACUUAAUUGAGCGAACAGUAUAGCCUAUCUUAUUGGCCCCAACGGAGAGCAUCUGCAAUAUCCCCGGUGAAUUCGCAGAUUCACUCUUUAACAUUGUUGCGUCAGUGCCACUUCAACUUGUAUUUUCGGACAAUAAUCUCCUCCUCCUAUUACUAUUCAUCUGUUUAUCAGUGUCAGCAGAGUAGGCUACCUUGUAAUUUUAGUAAAAAUAUUCUGCUAAUGUCUGCAGCAUAUAAAGUGUAGUAGACGCUAUAUACAGUGAGGGAAAAAAGUAUUUGAUCCCCAGCUGAUUUUGUACGUUUGCCCACUGACAAAGACAUGAUCAGUCUAUAAUUUUAAUGGUAGGUUUAUUUGAACAAAAAAAUCCAGAAAAACGCAUGUCAAAAAUGUUAUAAAUUGAUUUGCAUUUUAAGGAGGGAAAUUAGUAUUUGACCCCCUCUCAAUCAGAAAGAUUUCUGGCUCCCAGGUGUCUUUUAUACAGGUAACGAGCUGAGAUUAGGAGCACACUCUUAAAGGGAGUUCUCCUAAUCUCAGUUUGUUACCUGUAUAAAAGACACCUGUCCACAGAAGCAAUCAAUCAGAUUCCAAACUCCACCAUGGCCAAGACCAAAGAGCUCUCCAAGAAUGUCAGGGACAAGAUUGUAGACCUACACAAGGCUGGAAUGGGCUACAAGACCAUCGCCAAGCAGCUUGGUGAGAAGGUGACAACAGUUGGUGCGAUUAUUCGCAAAUGGAAGAAACACAAAAGAACUGUCAAUCUCCCUCGGCCUGGGGCUCCAUGCAAGAUCUCACCUCGUGGAGUUGCAAUGAUCAUGAGAAUGGUGAGGAAUCAGCCCAGAACUACACGGGAGGAUCUUGUCAAUGAUCUCAAGGCAGCUGGGACCAUAGUCACCAAGAAAACAAUUGGUAACACACUACGCCGUGAAGGACUGAAAUCCUGCAGCACCCGCAAGGUCCCCCUGCUCAAGAAAGCACAUACAGUGGGGAAAAAAAGUAUUUAGUCAGCCACCAAUUGUGCAAGUUCUCCCUUUUAAAAAGAUGAGAGAGGCCUGUAAUUUUCAUCAUAGGUACACGUCAACUAUGACAGACAAAAUGAGAUAGAAAAAUCCAGAAAAUCACAUUGUAGGAUUUUUAAUGAAUUUAUUUGCAAAUUAUGGUGGAAAAUAAGUAUUUGGUCAAUAACAAAAGUUUCUCAGUACUUUGUUAUAUACCCUUUGUUGGCAAUGACACAGGUCAAACGUUUUCUGUAAGUCUUCACAAGGUUUUCACACACUGUUGCUGGUAUUUUGGCCCAUUCCUCCAUGCAGAUCUCCUCUAGAGCAGUGAUGUUUUGGGUCUGUCGCUGGGCAACACAGACUUUCAACUCCCUCCAAAGAUUUUCUAUGGGGUUGAGAUAUGGAGACUGGCUAGGCCACUCCAGGACCUUGAAAUGCUUCUUACGAAGCCACUCCUUCGUUGCCUGGGCAGUGUGUUUGGGAUCAUUGUCAUGCUGAAAGACCCAGCCACGUUUCAUCUUCAAUGCCCUUGCUGAUGGAAGAAGGUUUUCACUCAAAAUCUCACGAUACAUGGCCCCAUUCAUUCUUUCCUUUACAUGGAUCAGUCGUCCUGGUCCCUUUGCAGAAAAACAGCCCCAAAGCAUGAUGUUUCCACCCCCAUGCUUCACAGUAGGUAUGGUGUUCUUUGGAUGCAACUCAGCAUUCUUUGUCCUCCAAACACGACGAGUUGAGUUUUUACCAAAAAGUUAUAUUUUGGUUUCAUCUGACCAUAUGACAUUCUCCCAAUCCUCUUCUGGAUCAUCCAAAUGCACUCUAGCAAACUUCAGACGGGCCUGGACAUGUACUGGCUUAAGCAGGGGGACACGUCUGGCACUGCAGGAUUUGAGUCCCUGGCGGCGUGGUGUGUUACUGAUGGUAGGCUUUGUUACUUUGGUCCCAGCUCUCUGCAGGUCAUUCACUAGGUCCCCCUGUGUGGUUCUGGGAUUUUUGCUCACCGUUCUUGUGAUCAUUUUGACCCCACGGGGUGAGAUCUUGCGUGGAGCCCCAGAUCGAGGGAGAUUAUCAGUGGUCUUGUAUGUCUUCCAUUUCCUAAUAAUUGCUCCCACAGUUGAUUUCUUCAAACCAAGCUGCUUACCUAUUGCAGAUUCAGUCUUCCCAGCCUGGUGCAAGUCUACAAUUUUGUUUCUGGUGUCCUUUGACAGCUCUUUGGUCUUGGCCAUAGUGGAGUUUGGAGUGUGACUGUUUGAGGUUGUGGACAGGUGUCUUUUAUACUGAUAACAAGUUCAAACAGGUGCCAUUAAUACAGGUAACGAGUGGAGGACAGAGGAGCCUCUUAAAGAAGAAGUUACAGGUCUGUGAGAGCCAGAAAUCUUGCUUAUUUGUAGGUGACCAAAUAGUUAUUUUCCACCAUAAUUUGCAAAUAAAUUCAUAAAAAAUCCUACAAUGUGAUUUUCUGGAAUUUUUUUCCUCAAUUUCUCUGUCAUAGUUGACAUGUACCUAUGAUGAAAAUUACAGGCCUCUCUCAUCUUUUUAAGUGGGAGAACUUGCACAAUUGGUGGCUGACUAAAUACUUUUUUCCCCACUGUAUACAGGCCCGUCUGAAGUUUGCCAAUGAACAUCUGAAUGAUUCAGAGGAGAACUGGGUGAAAGUGUUGUGGUCAGAUGAGACCAAAAUCGAGCUCUUUGGCAUCAACUCAACUCGCCGUGUUUGGAGGAGGAGGAAUGCUGCCUAUGACCCCAAGAACACCAUCCUCACCGACAAACAUGGAGGUGGAAACAUUAUGCUUUGGGGGACAGGACAACUUCACCGCAUCAAAGGGACGAUGGACGGGGCCAUGUACCAUCAAAUCUUGGGUGAGAACCUCCUUCCCUCAGCCAGGGCAUUGAAAAUGGGUCGUGGAUGGGUAUUCCAGCAUGACAAUGACCCAAAACACACGGCCAAGGCAACAAAGGAGUGGCUCAAGAAGAAGCACAUUAAGGUCCUGGAGUGGCCUAGCCAGUCUCCAGACCUUAAUCCCAUAGAAAAUCUGUGGAGGGAGCUGAAGGUUCGAGUUGCCAAACGUCAGGCUCGAAACCUUAAUGACUUGGAGAAGAUCUGCAAAGAGGAGUGGGACAAAAUCCCUCCUGAGAUGUGUGCAAACCUGGUGGCCAACUACAAGAAACGUCUGACCUCUGUGAUUGCCAGCAAGGGUUUUGCCACCUAGUACUAAGUCAUGUUUUGCAGAGGGGUCAAAUACUUAUUUCCCUCAUUAAAAUGCAAAUCAAUUUAUAACAUUUUUGAAAUGCAUUUUUCUGGAUUUUGUUGUUGUUAUUCUGUCUCUCACUGUUCAAAUAAACCUACCAUAAAAAUUAUAGACUGAUCAUGUCUUUGUCAGUGGGCAAACGUACAAAAUCAGCAGGGGAUCAAAUACUUUUUUCCCUCACUGUAACAUUCCCAAAACAAGCUAGCUAACGCAAUGGUGGUCUUGUCAAUCAAGCGUCAACAGCUGUCAUUACUUUCAUUGACAUCAAUUAUUUUCUUAUAUCCUCCAGCUCCUCAGCCCAUUCUCUCUUGUGUCUCGGAGCAGCAAACUCCCCCUGAGCAACAUCACUGUGAGCAGGAGUGGAGCCCCAGUCUGGGGCAGAGGGACCCAGAGCCCACACAGAUUAAACAGGAACAGGGUGAACUCAGGACCCGUCAGGAGGAAGAGCAGAUUCAAGGGCCGAAGGCUGAUACCAAAGAAGACUCCAUAACCAUUCCUCCCUGUGUGAAAAGUGACUGUGAUCAGGAGCCACCUCAGUCCACACAUCUUCCCCAAACUGUGGAGAACAGAGAGAGGGACUCUCUACUGACUAACACAACUGGACAGAUCAAAACAGAACCUGAUGGAGAGGGCUAUGGAGUAUCACUAUCAGAACCAACCAGUGACUCCCAUCAGUCUCAUCCCCUCUCUGCAGUAAAUCCAGACUGUUCUAGAACACAGAGUGAGAACGCUGAAAGUGUUCCUGAUGUUCCGAGAGAUCUAGAAAGGAGACCAGAGGAGGACACACAGACACACUCAUGUACUCAGUGUGGUGCCGUGUUCUGUGAGCUAUCCCAACUGGAGGCACACAUGCUAGCCCACACUGUACCACACAGU